GUUCAUCCUGAGAGGAUGGUCCGGAUCUCACUGCGCUGCUCCCAGGCUCUGCUUUCCUAUUAUGCUGCCGCGGACCGUCCCUCUCGGAGACCACCACCCACGGGGGACCAAGGUGAAGGAUAGGAUAGUCAGGAUACGAUGCAAGGGAAAUGACAGACAGACACACUGUGUAGUGAAAAUCUGCUGCAACUUUACUUCUGUAAAGCUUCAGUUUUUGUACAAAACAGAUCAAAGAACUUGGCAGGUGCAUUACAUCACCCCACUCAGGGUUCCAGACAUAAAUCAAGAUUAAGCAUAACCAAAAUAGAGCUUCUUCUACGUGCUCCUUUCUACGUGUUCCCCCUUCCGUGCUCAAGAUGUUGGCAAGGACUUUUAGUUUUGUUUUGUCUUUUAGAAUUCUGUCUCACACCAUUAUUUACUUUCUACCGUGGGAGACUAGUUCUCAGGGUCCUGUGUUUAGCUUUCCAUCUAUAUAGUUUUUAUUCUUUGCUCCAUAUCCCCUAAUAGUUUUCUCAUUUUCUCAUGAUAGUUCCUAUACCAAUAUAUUAAAACUCAAUAAUUUCCUUUCUUUCCUUCUUACUAUAAAGACACCAGGGCUUCUGAGAUCUAGCUAAUCUUUUCAUAAAGGGGAAUUUUCUCUAAAUCUCCUUUUCUCUCUAAAUCUGAUUCACUAUGACGAUUCCCUCGUAACAUAUCAACUUUAGCCAUUUCUGUUUCAUAAAUAAUAAAGUUUCCCAGGCUCAUGUGGCAUGGGGCAUACUUCAGUUCCUCAAGGACUGCUUUAAUGAACGGUGGAGCCGAGCCAAGGACGUACUUUGAUCUCUUAGUAAGCGGUCAGCUAUAAACAAGAAAAUUAAGAAAUACAGAGAAAGAUCAAGCAAGGUGUUAGGAGGGCUCGCUCUCAAGGCUAUCUCCAGAUACGAGAUUUGCCUAGGGCAUCAGGUCCUCUCUGGACUGCUGAUUGCCAGGGGGACCACCUGGGGCUUCGCUCCAAGAAGCUCUAACCCCAAUCCUUCAGCAGGCAAAAGCCAGUGCAGAGGCAUUUUGUCACUACACGGCAGUCACUGCUGUGGACGUGGCAUUAUGCCACAGCUGUGUCCUGGCAUCCUGCCCCCUCCAGCGCUUUUCAUUGCUUCAGGCUACACGGACAACAAUGGCGUUCAAGCCCUUUGAGCCCUGAGUACAGACAGUGGAGCAAGUAGAAGGAGCUGGAGCUCUGGGUACUCACAGGAGCACAGACAGAAUAUCCAAACCUGCCUUCAGAACCUGCUCCACUUCUACAACCAGAGUCAGGGCGGUGAGUGACUUCUGGUCGGAGAUCAAGAACCCAUAGGGCCCCAUGAAAGUCCCGAAUCUCUCCUGAUCCCAGUUCGAGAUUCCGCAGGAGGCUGUGGGUGUCUGAGUUUUGCUUUAGAUUUGGGGACUGUUCCUGCGCAUGGGCGGUAUCCGGUUGGCCACUUUCAACUCUGCUUGGAUUCCUAUCUCCAGACACAAAUGAUGAACUCACAGUUCUCAUUUUGAGGAGUCCAAGAAUAAGAAAAUAAAAAUGUACAUUCCAAAAAUAAGAAUGUAGAAAUAAAGAAAUAUAAAGUUAUGAGUCUAGGGGAACAGACUGUCAGCAGCUUUCUCAGCAGAUCAAGGAUCAGUCAUUCACAGUGAGCUAUUUUCUCGGGUGCUUGGGAAGCCUCCAUUAGCCUAGGUCAUUUCAUUUUACAACUGGCUGUUCAUUCUAUUUACAAGGCCGGAGUUUCUCUCUGCACAAUGAGAGUAGUGUCCUGGCCAUCCUUGAUGAACUGAGUUCACCCUUAGGAGACAGAGAUGCAUGACCUCUGGGUUAGGCACUGUCUCUGUUAUGAAAACUGGCACCAUCAUAGGGGAGGCAGGGGCUUCAGUAUACACUGCCUGGAGGAACCAGGAGAGACAGUGACCACGGUGCAAACACCUGGUUAGACUAAUGGGCUCCGAGAAUGGAGGCUGUAAAGUAUGGCAGUCUGUGUCUGAGUUUUACCUUGAGAGAGUGUGAAGAACUUUCUGCUAUCUUCUAAGUUCCCAGCCUAAGAACCAAUCGACUCUAAUUUAUUAACCUCCUGGUAUUACUAGCAGUCCCUUUUCUAAUUAAUUGCUAAAGACACAGCUUUCUUGCAAUAAGUGACUUUCAUUGUAAUCUACUCUGAAACAUAUUCCAUGAUAGCUGCCUACUUAUCCAUUGACAUUAGAACCCACUCCCCUCUUAGGGUCUACUUUGACUGACCUACUACUUUGAUCAGGGCAAGAUCAUAAAAAUUCCUUUGUUCAGACCUAACACUUGGUGACCCUACUAUAAAAGGUGGGUUCAAAAACUAGCCUUUUGCCACAGCCUAACAAGCACCAUCCCUGGCUGUGGUCUCAGCUAGCUGAUAAGCUUCUGUGCCCCUCGGUGUUGUUGUUGUUGUUUUUUAAUUUUUAAGCUUGCUUUUGGUUUUCCUAGGAUCUGGUUUCUGGAAUAAAGUUUGCUUCUAGUUUAUAUUAGACUUGGGGAUGUUCUCAUCUUUGCGCGACCCCCCUGGACCCAACAAUUGGAAACCUAGUUACUAGAGAAACCAAUAGUUACACAGAGGUUCCAAGUACAACAGUUUGCAGGAAUCGCAUCUACACCCUUCAUAGGUUCCUGUACGUACUGAAGACCAUGUCUUAGACACAGGCUAGUGAGUAAGGGGUGGGGAGACUCUGCGGGAUGGAGCAGGAAGCUGGGUGGGAAGUACCCUGUAAAUGUAUCUUACUGCCCUUCCCCGUGUCUCCCCUGCCUUCACCUGGGAACUUGGGACCAGAAAGAGGGUCGGUGUCUCACUGCUGGCCUCCCCCAGGCUCGCACUCGCUGCGGUAUUUCUACACCGCUGUGUCCCGGCCCGGCCUCGGGGAGCCCCGGUUCAUUGCGGUCGGCUACGUGGACGACAGGCAGUUCGUGAGCUACGACAGCGACGCAGAGACUCCGAGGAUGGAGCCGCGCGCGCCGUGGGUGGAGCGGGAGGGGCCGGAGUAUUGGGAGAAGGAGACGCGGAAAGCCAGGAACACGGGGAAGAACUUCAAAUUGAACCUCAAGACCCUGCUUGGCUACUACAAUCAGAGUGACGACGAACCUCACACUCUGCAGUGGAUGUAUGGCUGUGACAUGGGUCCAGAUAAAAGCCUGCUCCGUGGGUACUGUCAGGAGGCCUACGAUGGCCGGGAUUAUAUCUCCCUGAACGAGGACCUGCGCUCCUGGACCGCAAAUGACGCGGUCUCUCAGAUCUCUAAGCUCAAGUCAGAGAUUGUGAACGAGGCCGACCACCAGAGAGCAUACCUGCAGGGCCCCUGCAUAGACUGGCUCCAUAGAUACCUGGAAUUGGGGAACGCGACCCUGCUGCGCUCAGACCCCCCAAAGGCACAUGUGGCCCAUCAUCCUGGGUCUAAAGGUGAUGUCACCCUGAGGUGCUGGGCCCGGGGCUUCUACCCUGCUGACAUCACCCUGAUCUGGAGGAGGGAGGAGGAGGAACAGACUCAGGACAUGGAGCUGGUGGAGACCAGACCUUCUGGGGAUGGAACCUUCCAGAAGUGGGCAUCUCUGGUGGUGCCUUCUGGGGAGGAGCACAAAUACACAUGCCAUGUGUACCAUGAGGGGCUGGCUGAGCCUCUCACCCUGAGAUGGGAGCCUCCUCAGUCCACGGUCCUCAUCAUGGCAGUCAUUGCUGGUCCGGUUCUCCUUGGAGCUGUGGUCAUUGGAGCUGUGGUGGCUGUGGUGAUGAAGAGGAGGAGAAACACAGCUCCUAACCUGGGUCAGUCUCCUAACCCGAUACUGAUGACAACUUGGCGGCUCUCACUCCCCAUUGAGUGGCGGGAUCCCGGAGAACCAACCACCGGUUAUAAAGUUCACGCAGACCGCGGAACUCAGAGUCGCCCCAGAUCUGAGAUGGGGGCGAUGGCUCCGCGCACGCUGCUCCUGCUGCUGGCGGCCGCCCUGGUCCCGACCCAGACCCGCGCGGGCUCGCACUCGCUGCGGUAUUUCUACACCGCCGUGUCCCGGCCCGGCCUCGGGGAGCCCCGGUUCAUCUCCGUCGGCUACGUGGACGACACGCAGUUCGUGCGCUACGACAGCGACGCGGAGACUCCGAGGAUGGAGCCGCGGGCGCCGUGGGUGGAGCAGGAGGGGCCGGAGUAUUGGGAGGGGGAGACACGAAAAGCCAGAAACACAGGGAAGAACUUCAAAUUGAAUCUCCAGACCCUGCGUGGCUACUACAAUCAGAGUGACGACGAACCUCACACUCUGCAGUGGAUGUAUGGCUGUGAAAUGGGUCCAGAUGGACGCCUGCUCCGUGGGUACUGUCAGGAGGCCUACGAUGGCCGGGAUUAUAUCUCCCUGAACGACGACCUGCACUCCUGGACCGCAAAUGACGCGGCCUCUCAGAUCUCUAAGCGCAAGUCAGAGAAGGCAGAGGAGGCCGACCACCAGAGAGCAUACCUGCAGGGCCCCUGCAUACACUGGCUCCAUAGAUACCUGGAGUUGGGGAACGCGACCCUGCUGCGCUCAGACCCCCCAAAGGCACAUGUGGCCCAUCAUCCUGGACCUAAAGAUGAUGUCACCCUGAGGUGCUGGGCCCGGGGCUUCUACCCUGCUGACAUCGCCCUGAUCUGGCAGAGGGAGGAAGAGGAACAGACUCAGGACAUGGAGCUGGUGGAGACCAGACCCUCUGGAGAUGGAACCUUCCAGAAGUGGGCAUCUCUGGUGGUUCCUUCUGGGGAGGAGCACAAAUACACAUGCCAUGUGCACCAUGAGGGGCUGCCUGAGCCCCUCACCCUGAGAUGGGAGCCUCCUCAGUCCACGGUCCCCAUCAUGGCAGCAGUCAUUGCUGGUCUGGUUCUCCUUGGAGCUGUGAUCAUUGGAGCUGUGGUGGCUGUUGUGAUGAAGAGGAGGAGAAACACAGGUGGAAAAGGAGGCUAUUAUCAUGUUGUAGCUUUAGACAUCUGCCUCGUGGGACUGAGUAAGGGCUGACUCAGGAAACACCAGAUCUCUGGGGAUGAUGAAGAUCUGCAAAAGCCACACCUACCAACCAGUACACUGACCCUGAGUUCCUUUCCAGGACCAAGCUUCCUGUUCCCAAUACUAACAGGAGAGACUCUAUUAAUAAAUAAAGCUUGCUUGAAUAUCAGAGCAAAGCAGCCAUGUUUGCCAGCCAUAGAGGCCAGGCAGUGGUGGCACACACCUUUAAUCCCAGCAGCCACACUAGGUAGCCAUAGAGGCCAGGUGGGGGUGGUGCAAGAUUUUAAUCCCAGCACUAGAGAGGGAUAUAAAAUAGGAGGAGACAGAUCUCAGCCCAGUCUCAGUCUGAAUCUGAGGAUUCCUGGAGGCAGAAUCACCCAUUUUUGGUCUGAGGUAGAGGUUAGAGCCAAUGACUGGCUGCUUUGCUUUUCUGAUCUUCAUCUUGAACUCCGAUAUCUGUCUCUGGGUUUUUAUUAUUCAUGCAACAGGGGACAAGCUCCAUCUUGCCACCUCCAUGCUACCUGAAUUACAGGUCUUGACUUCCCUACUGAAAGUAAGAAUCUGAUUCUUAGCCGGGUGUUUCCCAUUGUCGCUGUCUCCGGCAAAUGGAAACAGUUUCAGCCAUGUAAAGCAGCAGUGUUCUGCAGUGUCAGCGACCACUGCACAGAUGUGUGUGCUCCGUAUGUGACAUACUUUCAUUCCUGCAGGUAGCCCACGCUAUGAGCCCACCAUCCCUCCUAUGUCAAUUUAGGUUGUUUUUAAAAAAGGGGAAGAGGGGCUGAAGAGACGGCAUGAACAGUCACGGGACUUUACCUGUGUCUAUUUAUCACUAGUCAUCUAGUUUCUUUACUGUUCACACAAGGCCACUAAAGGACCGGGGUGCAGGGUGGCUGGAGAGAUGGCUCAGUGGUUGAGCGUUUGCUGCUCUUCCAGGAGACCCGACUUCAACUCCAGCAGCUCCUGAAACCCCAGCUCCAGGGGACCUGAUACUCUCCUCUGGGCUUCAUGGACACUA